AAUGAUAGAUUUGGUGAGUAUUUGGUAUAUAAAGCAUCAAAAGUUUAAUUUCUCGUUCGGUGAUAUCCAUAUAAUUAAUUAAUGGGAAGGCAACCUUGCUGUGAUAAACUUGGAGUGAAGAAGGGGCCAUGGACAGCUGAGGAAGACAGUAAGCUCAUGGCCUUCAUCCUCACCAAUGGCCAAUGCUGCUGGCGGGCCGUGCCGAAGCUUGCCGGCCUUCGCCGCUGCGGCAAGAGCUGCCGGCUCCGGUGGACUAACUACCUCCGCCCUGACCUCAAGAGAGGGCUUCUAAGUGAAACUGAGGAGAAACUGGUCAUUGAUCUUCAUGCUCUUCUUGGUAAUAGAUGGUCGAAGAUUGCUUCAAGAUUACCAGGAAGGACAGAUAAUGAGAUUAAAAAUCAUUGGAACACCCACAUUAAGAAAAAACUUCUUAAGAUGGGAAUAGAUCCUGUUACACAUGAACCUAUCAACAACUACCCAAAGACAACAAGUGACAGUCAAUCAUCAAUAACCACAAAUAAACCGCCAACCUCUUCGCCAGACUCUGAGAAAAGAUGCGGUGAACAUCAGGUAGAAGUUGUUCCUCUUAGUUCAUCCCCCAUAGACGGGACCUCAGAAGAGCAGAGCUCUUCAUGCUCACCAACUGAAAACUGCUCUUCCUCCAUUACCACCACUGAUGAAUCCCAUCUGAUCAUAGAUAUCAUGGGUGAUGAAGACGAUCCCCUGCUCAGCUCCUUACUCGAAAACCAUGCAACAAUUCCACUAGAAGCAUUGCGGGACAACCCAUCACCUACUGUUGACCAGCCAUCAUUAAUCUUUGACUUUGAUGAUCUUAAUAUCCCAACUUUGGUUGACUAUGACUUGGAUUGGCUGUUAAACUGUCAGGACUUCAGGAUCAAUAAUUUUGGAUUUGAUUGCUUCAACGACGACACUGCUCAGUUGCACAUUUUCGACACCGUAGACUCUGACGGAAAGUCACAAUAAUUUCAGUAUAUUACUCCGUAUUAUUAAGAUAAGAAAAUCGUUACUACUACUAUCAAGUUAAAUGAAAUCACGAAUGUCUUCGUAGGUAUGUAGCUAGAUUAACAUCAAAGUAUGCGAGGUUUUUCAACACUAAAUGGUCAUGCUGCACAAAGGUAACAUGAUAUCUAUAUAAUAAAGUGAGGUAGUUUUUUUUAGUACUUUACACGUAGUACCCUGUAAGAUAUAUUGAAGAAAUAUCCAAUUGCAAAUGAUGAGAGUUGUAGUUUCCAAAUUGUAUUUUAUCUUGUACUUUAAAAAAAUUGUCUCUCAUAGACCAUAUUGUGAGUUGUGGCUACAAUAUAAUGACUGUUUUCUU